GGAGGUUUUAACUAACCCUAUUAUGUUAAUAAGUUUACAAUAUGUGUGUAUCAGAUGAUAAUGUCAUUCAUACUCCUUAAACUCACACAGUGUUAUAUGUCAAUUAUAUCUCAGUAAACCUGGUGGGGGGAGACUUUGGGCUAAGCUUAGAAAAUGGGGAGCUAUUGAAAGAUUUUGAGCAGAGAAGCGACAUGAUAUGAUUUAUGUGUUGAUAUGGUCACCUUGGCAAGUUGGUAAAUUGACCAAAAGAGGGUAAGAAGCUGUUGCACAAAUUGAUUAAUUCAGGUGAGGUUAACGAUACUGUCACUUGGGUUUGGGUCUGGGUCUGUUGCUGAGGUGAGGAGUUUAGGGUCCAUUCUGAAGGUAGAGAGCCAGCAUUUGCUGACCAGUUGGGCGUGGCGUGUAAGAGAAAGGAAUCAAGGAUGAAGGACAUGUGUUCUGACUAAUGUCCCUCACUGGUUACUGUCCAUCAGUGCCCACACAUUAGCAGAUUAUGUCCAUUUGGCACCGGGUUUCUACUUUCGUGUUUGUUACUUAAUUCUCCUCCAGAGACUCUGGUCAUGCUUUGAAAAACUGAAAGUAAAGAAUUCAUUCUGAGAGUUUAAAACAUUUUAUUUCAAUAUACUAAAUCAAAAUCCAGCCCUUGGUCAAAUUGUCUAAUUUGAUUGAAAAGAGAAGGGAGAGACACAGGCACAAGUCCUGGCUUCAUGUUCAUGACCAUGGUUUGUACAUGGUCAUCCUUUGCUUAAUGUCCGAUCAUCCUCAUUUUGGUCUUUUAAGAAGAAUUCACUUAUGCAAAAACGAUUUGGUGAGUGACUACUACAUCGCAGACCUUCGGUUAGGGCCAGGGACCCGGAGAGCACGAAGGCAGAAUCCCUCCUCUCAAGGAGCCUGCAUCUAGUGGGAGAUGCAGCAGUGUAAUUGAUAGGGGACUAAAAUGAGAUUAGAGAUGGAACAGUGGCGGGGGCAAAGGUCCAUGGGGGCAGAGGAUGUCACAGCUUAAUUUUAUCUAAGAAUGCAGGAAAGGUGUGGGUAGCCGAGUGGCUUACAAGUUACUAUGUAGGGAGCUGGGGUGGGCUUUCCAGGUAAAGGAAGUAAUACGUGGGGUGUCUAAAAGAGGAUGCGUGUUUGACAGGGUCGUUAAGGCUGCAGGACUGAGAGGAUGUAAGUGCUGCUGGCAGGUGAGUCUGAAAGGCAAAGCAGGGUGAGGUCUUGACCAGCCUUGUAAAUGACCAUGAGGGAUUUGAAAUAAAUCCUGUAGACAAUAGGAAUUAGCACAGAGGCCUCGGAGGGAAGCAGCAUGAUAAGAUUAAGACUUUAGAAUGAUUACUUGGCAAAGUUGUGGAGAAGAGGGAGGUGGCCUGGGACUGGGAAGCUAGUUGGUCUACUGCAGCAGUCCUAGCAAGGGGUGAUGUGGGCCUGCCUUGAGCCACGUGGAAAGGGAGGAGGAGACAGACACACAGAAAACCUGCUUACAAGGAAGUGUGCUGACCAUGGGAGGAAUAAAAGAGACCCGAAAACAGUGGCGCUCACCGUCUUUGCUCAGCUCAUCAGGACCUCAGCCAUGAGACCCGUCAUCCUGGCCUUGCUUGGCUUCUGCUGCCUCACUGCCUAUGUGGCCGAAGGCGUGGGGAGUGAAGGCGUGGAAAAGGAGAUCUGUGUGAGUCUGACGACCCAGCGACUGCCAUUGAAACACAUCAAGUCGUACACCAUCAAGGAGGGCCCCAUGAGAGCUGUGAUACUUAUUACCAGACGUGGCGUGAAGGUCUGUGCCAAUCCACAAACUGAGUGGGUGAAAAAAGCCAUGGUACAUGUGAACAGCAAAAAAAGCACAAAGCAGACCAAGCCUACUGGAGCCCAACAAUCCACCAAUACACCUGUGACCCUGAGUCGGUAGUGGCCUUCCGGCUCCUUGUCCCCUCGUGAGCCAGCCAGCUGAUGUCCCUUUAUAAGCUCAUGGACUAAUUAAAUUAUACUCACCUUUUCUGAAAGUGCUGUGUGUGUCAGAUUAUUUUCUUGUAUUUUUUGUUUUUCAUGUCUUUCACCUUUA